AUGGCAUCCCACGGGAUCCUUACGCUCUGGUCCGGGUUGAUGCUAGUGGUGGUGUUGGUGUCCCGGCCCAUCGGGGCCAUCCAGCAGCAGCAGGAAACGGUAGUGGCGCACGAGGCGGAAACGAGCAUCGCGGGCGAAGAGUUCCAGCACCACAACCGCUGCGAGCCGAUCACGAUCCCGUUCUGCACCGGCAUCCAGUACAAUCGGACGAUCAUGCCGAACCUGGUCGGACACACCAAGCAGGAGGAGGCUGCCCUCGAGGUGCACCAGUUCGUGCCGCUGGUCAAGAUCGACUGCAGCCCGGACCUGAAGUUCUUCCUCUGCCUGCUGUACGCGCCCGUCUGCACCAUCCUCACCUACCCGAUACCGCCCUGCCGGAGUCUGUGCGAGAGUGCGCGGGCCUGCGAGAGCAUCAUGCGGACGUUCGACUUCCAGUGGCCGGAGAACUUCGAGUGCAGCAAGUUCCCGGUCGACGGCGGCAAGGAGCUGUGCGUGUCGAAGAACAACUCCACCGAGACCACGCCGAUCCCGACGAGCGCCACGAUGCACACGACCAAGACGGUGGCGCCGGCGUACGCACCGCCCCACCGGAAGUCCUCGCCGUCGGCCGGCAGCGGCGUGUCCGGCUCGGUUGGAUCGGUACUCGGUGGCGGACUCCUCGGGACGCACCGGGAUCUCGGUUUCAUCUGCCCGGUGCAGCUGAAGGCACCCACGCUGAUGGGCUACCAGCUGACCAUCGGUGGCAAGGUUACUAAGGACUGCGGCGCACCCUGCAACUCGAUGUUCUUCUCGGAAAACGAGCGCACCGUCCUGAAGUACUGGGUCGGUUCCUGGGCCGCCGUGUGCGUUGCCAGCUGUUUGUUCACGGUCCUGACGUUCCUGAUCGACUCGUCCCGGUUUCGGUACCCGGAGCGCCCGAUAGUGUUCCUGGCGAUAUGUUACCUGAUCGUGGGCUGCGCGUACGUGGCUGGGCUGGGCGCCGGAGACUCGGUCGCCUGCCGCGAGCCCUUCCAAUCGCACAUCAAAAUCGGCCGGAUGCAGAUGCUAUCUACCAUUACCCAGGGCCAUCGUCAAUCAACGUCCUGCACGGUGCUGUUCAUGGCGCUGUACUUCUGCUGCAUGGCGGCGUUCGCCUGGUGGGCCUGUCUGGCGCUGGCCUGGUUCCUGGCGGCCGGCCUCAAGUGGGGCCACGAAGCCAUCGAGAACCGUUCGCACCUGUUCCAUCUGGUGGCGUGGGCUAUCCCGGCGGUGCAGACCAUAUUCGUGCUGGCGUUGGGAAAAGUUGAAGGUGACGUCCUGUCAGGUGUGUGCUUCGUCGGCCAGCUGGACACACACUCGCUCGCGAUGUUCCUGCUGAUCCCGCUCGUCAUCUACCUGUCGAUCGGCGGGAUCUUCCUGCUGGCCGGCUUCGUGUCGCUGUUCCGCAUCCGCACGGUCAUGAAGCACGACGGCACGCGCACGGACAAGCUCGAGCGGCUGAUGCUGCGAAUCGGGUUCUUUAGCGGCCUCUUCAUCCUGCCGUCGCUCGGCUACCUCGCCUGCCUGUUCUACGAGUACUACAACUUCGACGACUGGAUGAUCCAGUGGAACCGGCAGAUGUGCAAGAUCUUCUCGAUACCGUGCCCGGCGGCGCGGCACCCCGCCGGCGCCGAAGACGACAAGCCGAUCUUCCACAUCUACAUGGUGAAGUACGUCUGCUCGAUGCUGGUCGGCGUCACCUCGAGCGUGUGGCUCUGGUCCGGCAAGACCGUCGUCAGCUGGCGGCAGUUCGCCGAGCGCCUCCAGGGCAAGGACACGCGGAGCCGCGGGGCGUACGUCUAGUAGAGGGUGACGCGGGUGCGCAUCAUCGCUCACCAUCCGGCGGUGCGCAUUACCGCGCGAGUCAUUAGAUUUUAGACGUCAGACACCAGGGGUUUUUUCGGAUGGUCCUUCCCUGUCUGUAUCAACAUGCACCACACGUCAUCAUCAACAUGGUUUUCAAACACCAACACUCAUCAUCCUCACAACACAUUACAUCUUAUACAUCGCCCGACGACCGGAGUC